AUGGCGGACUCCCCCGCGCAACCCGCACCGGCCGCCGCCGCCGCCGCCGCCGCCGGGAACCCCCACAAGCGCAAGAACAAGGGGAAGGGCAACCCCAACAAGAAGAACAAGAAGCUGAAGGGCCCCGACGACGCCACCCGCCGCCGCCGCAAGCCGAGCGCCAAGUUCCUCAAGCUGCUCGAGAAGCGCGCCCGCGACUACAACUCCGACGACGACGACGAUGCCGAAGCCCGACCACGAAGGUCGCAGCCACGGCCGCCGCCGAAGCAACGUGAUGCUGCUCCCAAUGGCGACGACGACCUCAAAGAGGCCCCCUCGUCCGAGGAGGAGGCCUCCAGCUCCGGCGGGGAAUCCGACGGGGAAAGGGCGGUCACCAUGUUCCAGGAAGGCUGCAGGGCUUUCCAGGCCGCCUUCACCAAGAUCAUGGAGAAGAAGCUCGCCGACAACCCAUUGGGUCCGAUUCUGUCAGCGGACAAGAAAUUGGUCGCCGCCAAGUUGGCCGAGGAGGCGGACGAGCACAAGUCCAAGGGAGAGGCCCGCAAGGAGAAGCGCAUUGCUGCGCAGAAGGGUCAUAAAAUACCCGAGAAUGCUAUUGACAACAAAGAAAAGAUGCUUAUCAAGGUUGCAACCCAAGGAGUUGUCAGGUUGUUCAAUGAGGUGAGCAAGCGACAGACUAGGAAAGGUUUGAAUCCAUCAAGAAGUAAAGAUGUCAAAUUAGCUUUGGCAAAACACUCUGUACCAUCUAACGAAGGACAACAAGGCCAGGGAUCUUCCAAGUUCUCAAAGAAUAUUGGCAAAGGUGAAGAUGAGCCAGGGUGGGCCCCUCUACGUGACACAUACAUGCUUGGUUCCAAAUUGAAGGACUGGGAUAAAGCACAGGAUUCUGAUGUGGCUAAACCGAGCGAGGUCCCUUUGGACAACUUUUCUGAUGAUGAAUAG